GUUGCUGAGGCUACAGGCGGAAGUUCUGUCUCGUUCACCUGUUACUCGUGCAAACAGGAAGAAGAGGAACUCGGUCCUAGUUUUGUUCGAGUGAAGGAGUUUAAGUUAAACUGGUUAAGUUAUUAAUCUCUGAGAGUGAUGGAUAAAUUAAAGAAAGUUCUGAGCGGACAGGAUGGAAAUGACGGGAAUGAUCUGAACGUGCUGCAGGGAGCUGAAGAUGUGACCACGCUGGGCUGGGGAACGCGCGUCAAGGCUUUUAUUGCCUGCUUUGUUUUGGGAGUCGCCUGUUCCGUCCUGGGCUCGUGUUUGCUCUGGGUUCCUAAAAGAGGAAUCAUCUUGUUCGCUGUCUUCUACACCUUAGGCAACAUUGCCUCCCUCUUAAGCACGACGUUCCUGAUGGGGCCGUUGAAGCAGCUGAAGAGGAUGUGUGACAAGACGAGAGCACUGGCCACAGCCAUCAUGAUCAUAUGCCUUGUGCUGACACUUUGCUCUGCAUUUUGGUGGAAAAACACAGGCCUGGCCCUGCUCUUCUGCAUCCUCCAGUUCCUGGCUUUAACUUGGUACAGCUUGUCAUAUAUUCCGUUUGCAAGGGAUGCGCUGAUUAAGAUGUUCUCCGUGUGUUUCAAGUGAUGUGUAGUGGCGUGUGGAGCUCGGACCUCUCUCGCCCCGCCGCUCUCUCUCUCUCUCACUCUUCCUGACCAACCAACCCCCAUCUCCCCACCCUCUCUCGGCACCUGAUCUCGCUUCAGCUCUGCUGUGCCCUGAGUGCCCGCUCUGCUAGUGCCCACUCGAGUGCCCACUCUACUACCUGACACACACACACACACACACACACACUGCAGGUGUGCGUUUCCUCUCCUGAUACCUGGGCGCUCUCCAGGAAUGUGUAUGAACACACAUUCUCUUUUACAUGUCAGUGAAGGAAUCACACGUGACCUAAAUACGACUCAGGCGCAUUAGGUGAUGAUUUAUGGGAAAGUUUAAUACGAUUUUUUUUGACCGAAUCCACCCCUGUACAAGGUUGUAAAAGAUUCACUGGUUCAGUUGGACUAGUGAAAUCAUUAGAAAAUCAUGAAUUCGCUUUCAGGUGGACUCGGACAAAGCCGAAUGUUCUAAAACUCAUAAGAUAUUUUCAUAACGGUUAAUGAGGAGGUGAAGCGGCGAGAGGGGGGGUGGGGGGUGGCGGUCUGUAAAAUGACAUGACUGAAAAGGAGCAAAUCCUAGUACAAAGUGCACAAGAAGCCAGGUUUCCAAACUGGGUUUCGGGUUCUUUUCUGUGAAAAUGUCAGAAUAUUUAUCAAUAUCAUUUCUACAUAAUGUUCCCCUUUAUGCAAAAUAUUUACUGUCGCACCUUUAAGUGAUGUGUUUGGUCAGAAAUUGCACUUGGGUACGUCAAGAUGCCUUUUGGAUUUUCUGUUAUAUAAGAGAAGGUUUUUUAUAGUUGCUGUAUAAGGGUUGCUGUAAAUUUAUAUAUAUAUAUAUAUAUAUAUAUAUAUAUAUAUAUAUAUAUAUAUAUAUAUAUAUAUAUAUAUAUAUAUAUAUAUACACACACAUAUACAUAUAAAACUUUCCAGAUCUGUUCAUUCUUAAACAAUCUCUGCUUUGAUGCUAUGAGUUUUGGUCAUAACAUUUUACAAUGCUAACUUUUAGAUCUUAGAUUAGAUUCAAUGAGAUUAGAUUGAGCCUAGUCCUGGACAGAAAUGGACACUUGAGAUUGAAUGUAACAUUCUUGACCCUUCAGCGGUUCAGAUGUCAUUAUUAUUGUUAAUUUUUUAAAAUGUUUUUCUGUAUUUUUUUUCCAUUAAUCCUCAUUCUGUUAUUUCCUCUGUUUACAUAACUUUCCACAAAGCCUUUUUCUUCCUCCUUCUGUAUCACUUUUAUAUCUGCUGGUCUUUCCCAGGCCAUGAUGAUGUGUUUGAGUUUUAGGCAUGAGCGCGAGACGCAUCAGUCAGAAUUUCCUCUCUCUCUCUCUCUCUCUCUCUCUCUCUCUCUCUGUGUGUGUGUGUGUGUGUGUGUGUGUGUAACUAUGAAAUAUCUGUAAGGAAAAAAAGUAGGCCUGUAUUUUAAAAGCUCAGUGCCCAGAAUGAUGUUCUGCUGAUGAAAUUAAGGAGAUAAUUCCUUUUUCGAAGAUAAUACUGUAGUUUCCUUAAGCGGUGUAUUAGUUUUGAAGCUAGAAGUAUAGCACUGGGAAUAGUGGAUAAUCGUGCACAUUUCUUUUCUGUCCUAUGAGCAAAAUCCUUCAUGUUACUUGUUCAUUUCAGCGGAUUUUCAAUGUUUUCAACAGGGUAUCUUUUUCAUAUUGCGUGAUGUUAUUUAAUUAUUAGAAACUCUGUAUAUUGAAGCUUGUUUUUCUGUGAUGUAAGAUACUAAAAUAUGUAUAAUGCGUCUGCUUUUUACAAUUUACAGCCUUUAUGAACAAAUAUAA